CUUAUAUAAAAAUACUGGCUCGUUAAUGACUCAGUAACAGUUCUGAGUCUCUGUGUUUCUUUCUUCUCUCGAGUAUUCACCAAAGGUUUCGUUUUAUAGUACAAAUGGGUUGUGGAAACAUCUGUGGUGGAGGUCAAAGUUGAAUUUUUAGAGUCGCAGUUUGGUUUAACCAGAGAGAUCUCUAGGAAAGAUGAUCAUUGAAAGAGCUCGAGUUCCGUUGAGGCGAUGGCAACAAGCUGCGGUGGCGAUGGGAUCUGCUAUCGGUGCGUUGGUAGAUCCUCGUAGAGCGGAUCUGAUCGCAGCUCUUGGUGAAACCACCGGUAAACCAGCUUUUGAAAUGGUUCUUGAGAGGAUGAAGAAGAGCGAAGAAGGAAGAGCUAUAUUAUUGGAGCGUCCUCGUGUUGUGUCAGAGCAAGUAGGUCAUGCUUGGGAUCUACCAGACAACACAUUUGGAGCUGCAUAUGCUAAAUUCAUGGGAUCUAGAAACUUCUCUCCCGAUGAUCGUCCGCCAGUAAGAUUCAUGGAGACUGAUGAAUUAGCUUACGUAGCGACGCGGGCGCGUGAAGUGCAUGACUUAUGGCACACUCUGUUUGGCCUUCCUACGAAUCUUAUCGGCGAGUCGGCUUUGAAAGUUAUAGAGUUCGAGCAGAUGUAUCUACCAAUGUGUAUGCUUUCUGUAAUUGGAGGCACUGUGAGGUUCAACGAGAAGCAGAGAUCAAUGUUCUUGAAACAUUACUUUCCAUGGGCUGUUCGAGCAGGAAGACAAUGCACUGACCUCAUGUGUGUGUACUAUGAGCGUCACUUUAACGAAGACUUAGAGCAAGUUCGAAGAAAAUGGGGAAUCAUCCCAGCUCCUCAACAUCCUAAAUGAUAGAUUUACGAUGCUUAGUGUUUACACUUUUGGUUAUGAAACUUGUCUAAACAUGAAUUACGAGUAGAUUCUGCUACAUGAGACUUUAAACAGCUCAAAGUUAAAAGAAAAUUAUAAUUUUGUUUUCUUCAUAAA